AAUUCGAGAGAAACAAUGUCGCGUGUAUGAGCUCUCACCUUCCCGAAAAGGAAAAAUUGCAGAGCGAUGAUAAUGAUGAAGCGAUUCGGCGGCGAACGAAGAAGAAGAACGUACCUGCGAAGGUGAGACUUGCGAGAACGAUUUAAGGAUGGGCCGAUCGGAAGAUCGGGAGCUGGAAAGGAGGCGAAAGUCGUGCUCGAUUGUGUCGUCCUGGCUGAGUACUUUUGAGCCGGAUCAAGUGGAUUCUCCAGACGAUUUUGAAAUUGGGCAGAAUGAAGGCGUAGAAAUGAAAGAUAAAGAUGCCAACAAAAAGAUAAUGAGGAGGCGAAUUGAAGAAUACAAGAUUACAGUCCAAAACCCAUGUCGGCAAGGGAAAAAGCUGCUUGUUCUAGAUAUCGACUAUACUCUAAUUGAUCACAGGUCAACAGCAGAGAACCCAUAUCAACUCAUGAGACCUUAUCUGCAUGAAUUUCUCUCAGCUGUUUAUGCAGAGUAUGAUAUCAUCAUCUGGUCUGCAACCAGCAUGGAUGUGAUUGAGUACAAGAUGGAACGAUUUGGUAUUCUCAACAACCCCAACUAUAAAAUUACGGCAAUGCUUGAUCAUUUAGCAAUGAUAACAGUCCAAUCAGAUACUCAUGGACUGAUCAACUGCAAGCCACUGGGCCUAAUUUGGGCCAAGUUUCCCGAGUUUUACGAUCCAAAAAACACUAUAAUGUUUGAUGACUUGAGGAGGAACUUUGCGAUGAAUCCACAAAAUGGUCUGACCAUAAAGCCGUUCAGGAAGGCACACUCAAGUCGAAGCACUGACCAGGAACUCAUGAAGCUUACCCAAUAUUUGCUUGCCAUUGCUGAUCUCGACGACUUAAGUGCCCUCAACCACAAGGAUUGGGAAUCAUACAAAGAGGAUGAUUUUAAGAGAGGUAUACGUGGAUCUCAACGGCACCAGUAUUUUACUAGGUUGGGUAUCACAAUACCUUUUUGGGGAACGUACAUGUCAUAUCUUUUUCUUGUUUGUUUACCUUUAUUUUCCAACACAUCCAGACAAUGAAAGCAAUCCAAGUUAAACAAUUCACUGCCCAAGAUUUUAUGCUCCACUUCAAAAAGCAGUAGCAACAUUCAUUUCAUAGAGAAGAGCAAUAAUAAAACUAAGCUUUCUUUGAUA